AUGUCUGCGGGGGCGGCGGCGUGUGGGGUCCUGGGGGUACAGUUACUGUGUCACAAGCAGAUCGCAAGUCUUGCCCCAUGGGUACCAGUUGUGGGCCUGGAAAUUCAUGCACAGAUCAGUUCCAACUCAAAACUGUUCUCUGGUUCCCAAGUCCAGUUUUCAGCACCUCCUAACUCUUUGGUAUCUUUCUUUGAUGCUUCUUUACCAGGAACUCUACCAGUUCUCAACAGGAGAUGUGUAGAAGCAGCAGUGAUGACAGGCCUGGCACUCAACUGCAGCAUAAACAAGAAGUCCUUGUUUGACAGAAAACACUAUUUCUAUGCAGAUCUGCCUGCUGGCUAUCAAAUCACUCAGCAAAGAGUUCCUAUUGCGGUGAAUGGAAGUCUGUCUUACAGCCUCUGCAUAGACAACAAAAUGAGCCAGAUGGUGACCAAAACGGUGAGGAUUAAACAAAUUCAGUUGGAACAAGACAGUGGAAAGAGUCUCCAUGAUGACACAAGGAGCCAGACUCUCGUUGACUUGAAUAGGGCUGGAGUUGGCCUCAUGGAGGUUGUCAUGGAGCCUGAUAUGUGCUGUGGGGAAGAAGCAGCUGCGGCAGUCAGAGAGCUUCAGCUCAUCCUUCAAACACUUGGGAGCAGCCAGGCAGUCAUGGCAGAGGGUCAGCUGAGAGUGGAUGCCAACGUUUCUGUGCAUCACCCUGGAGAGCCUUAUGGAGUGAGGACUGAAGUGAAGAAUAUCAAUAGCAUACGAUUCCUGGCCAAAGCAGUAGACUAUGAAAUACAAAGGCAAAUUGAAGAACUUGAAAAUGGAGGAACAAUUCUGAAUGAAACAAGAGCCUUUGAUUCCAAGCUUGGGUGCACGAUACCAAUGAGAGACAAAGAAGGAAAACAGGACUAUCGGUUCAUGCCGGAGCCAAACCUUCCUCCAUUGAUUCUGUACGAUGCGAAAUCUUUGCCAGCUAAUAUGAACCAUCAGCAAGUGGUAAAUAUUGAUUGGAUUCAUGAGACACUUCCUGACCUCCCCAGUGUGAAGAGAGCAAAGCUUGUUGAACAGUAUGGGAUUCUUCCUGAGCACAGCUUCACCUUAGUGAAUGAAGAUGGAUUAACAGAAUUCUUUGAAGAUGUGGUAAAGCAGACGCAGAUGAACCCAAAGAAGGUGAUCGGCUGGGUUCUGAAGGACACACUCAGCUAUUUGAAACAACGCUCCCUUGCAGUAAAGGACAGCCCAGUCAGUUCCUUUGUCCUGGCUGACCUUCUGAACCUUCUAGAAAAAAAAGCAAUUUCUUCUACAGCAGCUAAGCAGGUGCUCGCGGAAUUGUGGAAGGGAGAAGGGAAGACUCCUCUGGAAAUUGUCAGAGAGAAGAAACUGGAACCGAUACAGGAAAAAGAGCUCGAGCAGAUCUGCCAGGCGGUGAUCGAUGGACAUGAAGAUGAGGUGCUGGAGAUAAAAGCAGGCACCCUGAAAGUUCUCAAUAAGUUGAUCGGCCUGGUACAAAGAGAGACGCAAGGACGAUCCAACCCUGUGCUGGUGAAGCAGUUGCUGGAGAAGAAGCUGUUAAAGUAG